GCAAAAUGUUUGAAGGCGGUCGGACGGUCAAAAUUGUUUAGGAAAAAAGCGCAAGUGAAAAAUUCAAAAUUUAUAUAUAAACAUAAAAAAAGAGAGAAUAAAAAACACAUUUUAUUCUACUAGAAAAAAUAAAAAGUUGUUUUUGUUUAUAAAUGUCACAAACAAACGUCACGCAGCGACUCGCAAACACAUUGAAAGGGAUUAUAUAGUCAUUUUAAAGCCAAAGAAGAAAAGUGAAGAAAAACGAAAAAUUCCUCAGUAUUGUUGUGUGUGGGGUGAUGAAAGUGACCCAAGUGAAAACUUAAAAACACAUUUGUGCAAAAUUCUAUUCAAUUCAAUUCUCAGGGAAAACAAACAUAAAUGUUAUAAACAAUUUGAAAGAAAACUAAAUUAAAAGAAAACGAUUACUUUUGAAGUGUUUCAUUGAAAGAAAAAACGAACAGCAAAGAAAAAUUAUAUCGAGAAAACAAUUGCAGGCAACCACUUGAAUUGAAUUGCAGCAAUUUUGGGUCUUCGCCACCGAUCACCCAAGAAAUUACUUGCAACGCAUCUUAUCCCCUCAAGUAGACAGAUUUGCCUACAACGGACAGGCACCUCAUUGGCGUGGCAUUAGUCGUCACAGUACGCACUCCCCUUGGCUUUAUGGGAUGUUGUAGACCCCACCCCCUUCCAACACAAAUAGUAGUGGCAUCCUAAAAAUAUCACAGAGACACGAGAGGAAGGCAAGACACAACAUUCAAAAAUAAACUGCCAACGGCUCAUUGAGAUCCUACAUAAAUAAAUAGAAGAACAAAUAUUUUUUGUGUAUUAAAAACAGCAAAAAUAUUUGUUUAUUCGUUGGCUUUUGGCCAGCGGCUAAAUGUUGAUCUUCAACAUUCGACCAAGCAACAAGACGCGUUGCUUCGUCGCACAUUUCCAAGUCCCCGUUUGUCCCGCUAUUCCCAUUAUUCGAUUUGUUGUGGCUAAAUGGUGACAUACACUUACGUCGUUGUACAUGGCCCACAGAUGCAUUGAAGAGUCCACAUAAAUAUCCGCAAAAAUGAGUUCAUUCAGAUGACAACAAAGACGAAUAAUUUUUUGACAACAGGUGGAUGAAUGAUAAAGAAGAAAGAAAACACAAAAACUCUAAGAAAUUGAAUGUCAUUUGCAAAUCCCCCUCCAAGAAAAUCUCUGCCCGAAAAAAUCAAAAAAAUAUUCAAUCGAAUUGAAUCAUUUUAUGCUGGCAUAGAAACUAAUCGACAAACAGACACUGGUAUAAUUAUCGUUGCACUUAAUUUGGGAAAGCGAGUACAGGCCACCCCUGCCAGAGGCCAAACUAAUCAGAUUGUGGUCUCAAUACGGUGGGUGUUAGAGAGAAAUCACACAAGUGUUUCCUGAAUGCGAUAUUACAAUGUCAGAUUUGUUUAUGAACAAACAGAGACGUCGGCAGCGUUGGCAUUUUCAUCAGCAGCACACGCCAACGGCAGCGGCCCCAGCUGAUGCCACAUCAUCGGCCAGCAAUCGAAUAUCAAGAUCAUCACGGGCCUGCACACCUGGUGCAGGCAUUAAACCUUUGAACAAUGACUACCUCGGCAAUUACCUCGACGAUGAUGAUGAUCUAGAUGAUGAUAAUGAUGACGAUGACGCCGAUGCUGCUGCUGACCAAGGCCAGCAGGUGGAGAAUGAAGAAGAAGCCGAUGAUCCCUUGGCCAAUAUUCUAAGUUUGCAAUUACGCAAACCCAAUCAUUGGAAGUGGGAAUUGAGUACUUCGAAAUCUUGUUCGAACAUAGCUUUGCCCCGCAUUAUGUUGUAUGAUCAUAUGGGUAAUUUAUUAGUGGAUGCUCCCGCAGGUGGUGGUUCAGAUUGUGGCGAAAAGGUCUACAAACAAGAGGAUUGUGAGAAGUCUCAGGUGAAAAAACGCCCUUACAAUCAACAUAGAUCAGCCACCACAAAUCUAACGCAUUCCGUACGCAAAGUUUUGGACAGUGAAUUCAAUGGUCUGCACAUACAGGAGGUCAGCACUCCUACAACACGUUCUUCCCGCUCCUCGUUGAAGGAACGCAAAAGGCAAACUUCGAUAGUCAACACACCUUCCACAACAUCAACUAAUACCACUAUGCGACCUCAUCGCAGUCGAAAGGCUAUUGAUUUCAAUAUAGCCGAUUUACCAGAUCUUUCCCCGCGAUCCUCAUCCCUUAAGGGGGUGCGCUUUAACAUAAACAAUGACGAGGCGAAAAUACCAGACUUUUUGCCCACCCCUCCCUCAACCACCACACCUACCUCAUCAUCUUCGGGUCCUAGAGAGAAGAGAAAAUAUCGUCGUUCCCACAGCACUGGCAGAUCUUCUUUUAAAUCCGAUUCCAUACUCGAGAGAAUAAGUUUCCAAAGAGGUCGUUACUCUUCGCCCGAGUCUGAGGAAGAAGAAAAUGCCGCUUCCCCCGGUCCCCGCCUAUGCCUGCGCACCGAUGAAGCUGGUACUUUAAUCGUGCAUCAGGAUAGUUUAAGUAGUCAAAGCUCACGUCGACGUCGCAAACCCUCGAAAUAUCCUUCAUCCAGUGAAAGUGUAAAUAAAUCCGAAUCAUCCAAGCCAAUGUCCUUGACGCCACCGCAACCGGAUGCUGGUUCAGCCAUUAGUGAAGCCUCAACGAGAAGCUCCGUAAAGGAGCGCCGUAGAAAACAGUUGCCUAUACGUCGCAAUCUAACCGAUGCCAAUUUGCUGCCCAGCAAGGGACUUUCGCCAUCGCCAUCCAAGGAAGAGUUGGUACAGCCCAUUGUAGCGCAGAAGACCAAGGAGAAGGAGGAAGUUCCCGUUCCCGUUCCUGAUCCUGAUCCCCCCGUGCAAGGUGGUGGUUGCAAUUGUAUACAUCAUCGCCGUUAUAGACGAAAUGAAACUAAAGAUCUUAACCCGAGUAUUUCUUCCAUAGGACAGCAACGUAAUGGUAAAAUUAGAUAAGUUUAUUUAAACGAAUUUAGAAAAUGUGUAAUUGAAUUGUUAUUAUUGUACAUUAGUAAUCAAAUAUAUACAUACAUAUAUACACGAAAACAUAUAUCCCCAAAUCAA